CCCUUGGUUCAUCCCACUUCGUGCUUAAUUCAGCCUUGCAUCUACACAACCUACUUUACACUCAUUCAUCCAGCACUUCAUCAAAAUGGGUGGCGGCGACUUGAACAUGAAGAAGUCCUGGCACCCGCUUCUGUUGAAGAAUCAGGAGCGGGUCUGGCUCGAAGAAAAGAAGGCUCUUGAAGAGAAGAAAAAACUAGACCAACUCCGCAAGGAAAAGGAAGAAGAACGGCAACUUCAAGAACUGCAGAGACUUCAAGAAGAGAAAACGGGCAAGAAACGGACGGAGAAACUUGAAUGGAUGUACACGACUCCGGCGACGGGCAGCAGUCAGAAUCCAAAUGAUCUAGAGGAUUAUCUCCUUGGGAAGAAAAGGGUGGACAAGAUCUUAACAGCAGAUGACAAUGCUAAGCUUGGUGCCUCUCACAAGAACUUCAUCGCUGUUCAAAAUGCCAACAACGCCCGUGACAUAGCCGCGAAAAUCCGCGAAGACCCUCUACUUGCCAUCAAACAGCAGGAGCAGGCGGCUUAUGAAGCACUAAUGGCUAACCCUCUUCGCCUCAAAGAGAUGCAGGAGCGCAAUGGUAUCAAGCCAAAGAAAGAUAAGAAACAGAAGAAAUUAGAGAAAGAGGAAAAGAAGCGAUUAAAACUGGAGCGUAAACAAAGACGGGACAGAUACUCGCGCUCACCGAGUCCCUUGGACGAUCGCAACAGGUCGAGGUCUCGCUCUCCAAACCGGUAUAGUGGAUCCCAUCGCUCCCGUAGUCGAAGUCCCUUUCAUAGACGUCCCUCACCGUCACCGUUCCGCUCUCACUACGAUGAACGAAGCAGCAGCGAAAACGAAUAUCCUUCACGACGCCAUACAGGCCGCAGUCCUUCACCUCCAUAUCACCGCCGUUACGAGAGCCCCCCUCGCGACUCGCGUCGGCGUCACUAUGAUGAACCGUCUCAGAACGACAGACGUCGACCCGUGUCUUAUGAUAGAUCUGAAGAACAUGGGAAACGUGCACGCAGUUCAAGUAGGGAGAGGUAUGAUCGUCACAUUCCUGCGAAACGAAUACGCACGAGUCCGCCUCCUACCCGUUUAUCUGACAACCGUGCUGCUGAAAACCGUGCAGCUCGGCUGGCUGCCAUGACCGCUGAUGCCACUACAAUGAGUAGCGAACGGAAGGAGCGUCUGGCGCAAAUGUUGGAGAAAGAGAAGGCUGAUCAUGCGGAGGAGGAGGAGGCGAGGGCCAAGUCGAAGGGCAUGGGAGGGUUCUUGAGCCAGGAGUCAAAGAAGGUGUUUGGUGGUUCUGGUGGGCUAGAGGAUAGGAUCAGAAGGGGUCGUGGCGGUAUGGUUGUUGAUGCCGAUUAAUUGAUACCUUACGUCUGUAGUCAUUCAAUGAGGUUUUAUUUAAACUAUCCCUAUCAUGUACAAUUCAGUUGAUCCUUGUGAAAUUUGGGGUGCAAAAAAAA